AUGAAUGCCGACCGUGGAUCCCCCGAAAUCAGAAGAUCGUCUACUAGCUCACCCCCCUUUCCUUCUUCGGAGACUCUCGGCAACUACCCCCAGUACCCUUACAGAAAAAACUUUAACUACCUCGCCGAUGGUUUCGCUGGUUCGACAUACCCAGGAUUCAAUCUUCAGACCAGGCACUUUGAGAGCUCUACGCCAGGGAGUGACAUAGUCACCUAUGCAACCAACAAUACCCGUGAUGGCGAGGGCCGCAUGGAUAGGGGCCCGUACUUUCAUGAUGUAGCUAGGGGUAUGAGACCGGGAGAUAUGGAUCCAGUCUGGAAGGAAAAGCAGGAAGAGGUGAAGGCGAGGAAGAAGGUGAUUUCUAAGAGUAUAAUUUCGGCGCCUAUCGGGCUGGUGGAGAAGGAUGAGAGAAGGGUGGUCUCGGAGGUUAUCAUCCCGAAGGAUAGUCCUUCGAAGGGAAAGGUUUGGUCAAAGGUAUUGAAGAUGAUGGUUUAA